UUAUACCAAAAUAAAUAUAAAUAACAUACAUUGUAUGUACCUAUCUAUCAACGAAUAAACAAUUGAUAAGACAGAUAGACUUACAUACUAAUUCACAUAAAGAUCCAGUGUGAGACACGACCACCUUGUCAGUGCGCGUUUUAUCUUAUUCAUAUCUAUUGUUUUAUCUUUAUUAUGGUCGUGCCGAACAAAGGAAUAUUUGUAGUCGGCGCGAAACGUACGCCAUUUUGUAAAUAUGGCGGAUCUCUGCGCGAACUGACUGCUUCGUACAUAUUCGCUACAGCUGCCAAAGGAGCGAUACAAUCAGCUGAAUUGGACCCUAGUAUCAUCGACCACACAUUUGUAGGAAAUGUUAACUAUCUCAGCCAAUGCGACGGCGGUAAGACCCCAAGGUACUGCGGCAUCUACUCAGGAGUACCCAUCGAUAAGCCAGCCCUGGGCGUGAACAAGGCAUGUGGAAGCGGCCUGCAGGCUGUCAUUAACGGUGCUCUGGAGAUCCUAACAGGCCUUGCCAGGGUGUCGCUCACCGGCGGGACAGAACAAAUGACGUCACUACCACACCUUGUCAGAAAUGUUCGUUUCGGCGCCACCCUGGGUGGAUCAUACCAGUUCGAAGACCAUAUAACUACUCAGUUCGUAGAUAGCCGAAGUGGGUUGACCUUGCAGAAGGUGGCUGAGGAACUGGCAAAGAAUUACAAUGUGACGAGGGAAGACGCUGAUAAAUAUGCAUCUGAGAGUCGCUUAAAGUGGAAGGCAGCCCAAACAUCUAAUGUCUUCGUCGAAGAACUAGUGAGUGUAACAGCGACAAUGAGAAAGAAGGAGAUCACGGUGUCAGAAGAUGAGGUGACAGAUGAUGACAGCAGCUUGCAAGGGUUGGAGGCGUUACAACCAACGCUGAUAGAUGGUUCGGUUGUUACUGCUGGGAAUUCUGCUGCACCUGCGGACGGUGCAGCAUCACUGCUCCUGACAGACGAGGAGACGGUGACCCGGCAUCAGCUCAGGCCACUCGCGAGGGUUGCCGGGUGGGCCUGCGUGGGCGGAGACCCAGAGUCUGGCCUGGGUGCGGUCACAGCCGUGGAAAGACUGCUAGAAGUAACAAGGGUGAAAGAAGUAGAUUUGUUUGAGAUAAGCGACAUGUUCGCCUCUCAAGCUGUCGUCACUAGCAGACAGCUCAACAUAGAUCCUGACCAGCUGAACGUAUCAGGAGGAGCAUUGACCCUGGGCCAUCCGGUAGCUGCCUCGGGCGCUAGGAUAGCAGUGCAUAUGGUACAUGAACUGAGGCGUCGUAACUUAAAAACUGGAGUAGUCGCGUCGAGUUGCGGUGGAGGGCAAGGAAUAGCCUUAUUGCUAGAAAAUAUGUGAAGAAAAUGUGCCAAAUUUAGAUUUUAAUAUGUACUAGCAACUGAUGCUAGAAUAUUGUUAAAAAUCAU